CCAAAACUUCAAAACCACUUUUAGGGACAGAGAAGUGGUUUCUUUCUUCUUCCAUAUCUCUAUGUUAAAGCUCUAAUCCUCCAAUCCUCUAUUCUUUAGCACCCAAGAAAAAUUUAUCCAAAAGAAUCCUUCCAAAGUUCCAAACACCAAAACUGCACUUACAAAGAUUUUUUACAAAGAAAGAGUAAGAUGAUUCAAGAGCUCUUAGGAGGAGGUUCAUCACUUGUAGGAGGAGAAAGGAAAAUCUCCAUAAAUGGAAUUUUGGAAGGUUCAUCACAUUCUCCUUCUCCAUCUCCUUCUUCUUCUGCAAACACAACAGCAGCAGCAGCAGCAGCAGCAACUACAACUACUACUGCUACAUCAUCUUCAUCAACUUCACAAUCUUCAGAUCAACAAAGUUUGAGGUGCCCAAGAUGUGAUUCUUCCAACACCAAAUUCUGUUACUACAAUAAUUACAAUCUCACUCAACCUCGUCACUUCUGCAAGACUUGCCGUAGGUAUUGGACUAAAGGUGGUGCCCUUCGAAAUGUACCCAUCGGUGGCGGCUGCCGGAAAAACAAGAACACUAACAUGUCGAACCCUGCCGGAAAAUCUAGCAGCUGUAAAGUGAAGACAGCCUCCGACAUCGUAACGGCGAACCUCGGAGGUUCUUUCGAUCACGAAUCUCACUCGAAUCCAAUCUUAUGGGCUUCUCCACAGAAUUCACAACUGUUAGCCUUACUUAGAGCUUCUCAGAAUGGUAACCCUAACCCUAAUCCAAUGUUUACUGUGAAAGAUGAAGGGGCUUCUAUGGGAUCCACAGGUGCAUUAAAUGCAAGAACACUGAACUUAGAUCCUCUGACCCAGAUUCCAAUGGGUCUCUGCAGCUCUUUCUGGAGAAACAAUCAACAUCACCAACCACAACAACAACAACAACAUCACCAUCAACAUCAACAGCAUCAACAACAACAACAACAACAGCAUGGAUUGUUACUUGGUGAGGUUCAAAACUCUGGGAUUCAAGAUCUUUAUCAAAGGCUAAGAUCAUCUGCAAAUUACUAUACUGAUCAUCAAAGUCUUACUAAUGUGGCUUCUACAUCAACUUCUUCCAUGUUAGAGCCUUCAGCUCCUGUUUCUGGAGGGGAAUUGGGUUACUGGAGUCCUUCAUUCUCAUGGUCUGAUCUACCCACUACCCAUGGUGCAUUCCCUUAAAAAAAUCUGUUUUUUUUUUUUAAAUUUCUUCCCUUUUCCUUGACAAACUAAUGUUGCUACUGUAACUUUUUUUUUUAUUUGUUUGGGGUUUAUGGUAUAUCAUAUGGGUGUGGUAUCUUUUAUGUGUUUGCUUUUUGAAUUUUUUUUUUUUUUGGUGGUGUGUAUGUGUGCUUAGCUUGUGAGAAUGUAUCAAGCUAAAAAAAAAAAAAAAGAGAACUGAAGAAGUAAAAGUAGAAAAGGAAAAGUAGGUCUUGCUGAGUGUUCUUCAUUUAAA